AUGUGGUCUUUUUUGUGGUCAUCAUGCUUGUUAUGUGCGGCAAUAUUGGAUUUGGGGGUUCCUCGCAAAAAAUUCGAACCGUCACGUUGGCGGUCUUCCUGUACUGCGCUUGAUGUCACUCAGUCGCUCUUGACUUUGGUCCAACGAUUGUCGUUGUAA